AGUAUUUCAUUUUUGAUACAAUAACAUAAUUUUCAUAGCUGUUUAUAGUUUUAACCGUAAGAUUAAUUCACUUGGUUUGAUUGCACAAAUAGCUACUAUAGCACUUAUGAACCUUUAUAUGUUGUGAGGUGUGUGUAACUCGAUAAAAGAUUUCAAACCAACAAAGGACAGCUGUAAAUAAAAAUACAAUAAUACUGAGCCAUAACGAUUCCCCAAUCCUCCCUUUGAAAGAGCAUGUGUGCAACUAGUAAACGUAAGUACCCCUGUUGAUCCCCCCGCGGGCCACCCCAGGUGCGUCCGCGCGGCACGCGCCAUUCCUGUCGCGGCCGGCGCUCUGACGCCAUCACCACAGAACAACUCUCCUGCACUAGGAAACAGUUAUUCUCUACGUGAUCCAAUCUUACCCAAGUCCGCGACUAAUUCAAAAUAAACAAUCGUAACAUGUGAAAACGGCAACUCAUCCUGCUGAAAUGAGUUCUAUCGGCGUUGUUGUCUUCCGCAAUUCGCCGCUCGGCAAGUCGCAGGUGCUCCAAGAAUCCGUGAAUAAUUCUGUGAAUAUAACAAACAAUGAUUCCAAUCAAAAUGGUGUUCGUGAAAUUUUAAUAGUGAAAAAGAAGCAGAGAAUACAACCCGUGCCAACAACUAUAUCAGUGACGUCAUUAGUUCGUGCUGCUGAGCCAAUUACUACUAAUUCAAGUGCUAAAAAGCCUCGACUUCGCGAAAACAGCACGGAUGAAGCGCGCUCGCCAACACCUCUCGCAGUUGCUCGGAGAAAUGCGCGGGAACGCAACAGAGUUCGCCAAGUUAAUGACGGAUUUGCCGCUCUCCGCCGACAUAUACCGGACGAAGUCGCAGCCGCCUUCGAGAAUGCUAACUCCAAUCGAGGACCUAACAAAAAGAUGAGCAAAGUAGAAACACUGCGCAUGGCUGUUGAGUACAUACGCAAUUUGGAAAGUCUAUUGAACAUCGGUCAUGAUAAGGAAAAUUCAUCCCUUCAGUCAAUGGAAUCUUUCCCGUCGCCGGCGUCUUCGUCACCGAGAGAAAAUAGUCAAGAAAGAAGUUAUUAUUCAUUACACUCUCCGGCAAUGGAAGAUGAUGAUUUAGAAGAAGAUGAACUUGAUGGGUCUGUGCUUAUUCCUCGGCAGCAAUACGUCGACUUGCAAGGAGGCGAGCAGUUCCAAUUAGUGGCCACUCCAAAUUUAUAUGAAGAAGAAGAAGGUGCCGGACAUCCUCUUACGCCAUCAUCGGACUUCCUUGGUCACGAAGAUGUCAACCCACAUCUAUUGGACGGACAUUUUGCAUUCCCUAAUUCAGCAGAACAAUUUACCGUGAUUCCUGAUCGAAAUUAUCUGAGUGAAACUGAUGUGCACGUGAACGAGAGUGACUUCGAAGUUAAAUACUCCGCAACUCUGAACCAGCAAAUACACAGUUUCGCUGAAGAGACCAGUAUGCCUUUGGAUUCUAUCAACCCGGGAUUGAUUCUCGUAAAUGAUGAAUACAAGUUUAAGGAAGAAGAAAGUUUUGUUGAAAACCAAUAUAAUGAUGCUAUUGAGUUGAAAAAAGAGCUUCCAGAUAUACAAGUGACACCAGAAGACAGAGAACAGUUUGAGGAGACAUUGAAAUGGUGGCAAGAGAAGACUAGGCAAGCAAGACAACCGCCGAAACGUAACAGUAACAACAAUUAACUUUUAAGGAUAAUACGUAGUUGUCGUGUAGAUAAAUUUAGUUGGAUAUAUUUAUUACGGUAAAAGUGUAGCGUAGUAUAAUAUACAUACAGCUGUUAGUACCAAAGUCAGUUGACGGCGCGGGCGCAAGGUGUGUUGUAACGGUCGCACGAGCCUGCACUUCAAGCUUUGUACAUUGAUCGUGUUAGCUAUCAAGUAAUUAAUUAAGAACAUUCCACAUAGUUCAAUGUCUAGGACUGGCUAGUGUAUUUUGGUACGGAAUAUUGCUCUUUUAUAUAGCUCAAAUAUUGUAAAUACCUACGUGUUUGUAAGGGCACCUCUUUAUACAAAUUGAAUUACGUAACUUAGUGCCUUCUAUUAUAAUGAACAUUGUGAUGUUAGUAUUAGUUAUUUUACAAUAAAAAUUGUAGUUCCUUUAAAUCUUGUUUAAUUUAUGUUUGACGUAAAUCAUCUAACUAUUCAAUUAACGUUCUCUACUUUUAUAUAAAUUAGUCUACUUUUGUAGUCCCACUAUUGCCCCACUUAGAACACAGACCCUUAUUACCAACCCCAUUGAGACAAAAACCCUUAUGCUAAUGCAGCCCAAUCAUUUGACAGUAAAUGACCCACUUUAAACGCCGCUCUGCAGUUUAACAUUUAAGCUGUAACGGUCGAUUGAACCAUGAGUUCAGAUAAUCCGGGAUUAAAUGGUCGCAAAAGGGGUUAUUUAACAC